AAACAGCACAUCGUGGACUGGGGCAGUUAAGAGGAGAAUCUGCAGUAAAUGGUGCACCAAAUGAUAAGUUCAAAAGAACUAGUGCCUGUAUCCUUCCCAAAGCAUUAGUAUAAUGCGAUUGCGAUUUUACCCAGCGUCGGGCUACGUUUACACAUAUCAGCAUGUCGGGGUCCCUUCUAUUGCCACCAUCACCCAGCAGCGGCACGGAGGCGUUCAUUUGGCCUACUCCUCCCUUCCAGUUUCACCAGCGACCAGCUUACUGGCGCCUAGGGCGCUUGCCCGACUCUGGAUAGGCCGCUCUUCCCAGAAGCAGGCAGACUACCUUUCUCUUAGGUAAUAUGGCCAUUAUCUCGCCCAGCAGCUCCGUAUGGAACAUCACCCUUCCAUUGAGAUUCGUAAAACCCUUGAUGCGUAGAGUU